AUGCCUAGUAAAGGAGUCCAUGUUUUCACUUACCUCGCCGCUCAUGGCUGCUCCAUUGAGCUGUCAGUCCCUGGACAGUCCGUCUCAGUCAAGGAGCUGCACCGUUUCCGCGAUGUUUGCUUGGAGGUGGAGACGUCGGCAAUCGAGAGUUUCUUCGACAAGCGAGGGAAGUUUACCUUCAAGGUGUUCCAGAAUGGGAAGCAGAUCACGGAGCAAUGGAUCGAUGUAAACGCCCUCACAGGCAACGCCAGCGGCGGCACCAUGGAGUCCAUCGCUAACACGCCGUCCAUCUUCCACGGCGACGACAUCAUCAUCUCGUACGGUCUGUACGAGGCCGGCAAGGGCCACGACCUGCUUCCCAACCGCCACCAGUGCUACAUCACCGUCACCCCCAACUACUCCAACUGGAUCACCAACGUAGCGCCCCCCGGCUCCGACCUCGAGAACAAGCCAUUCGCCCGGCUCGUCCUCCCCUCGGCGCACGACGUGGGCAUGAACAGCAUGGAGAGCAGCGAGGCGGUGCUGCGCAAGGUGGGCGGCGCCAUAGUCGCCGAGCUCAUCAACGACAACCGCAUCCUCACCAAGCUGGCCGACAAGCUCUCGGCCAACGCCAUCGCGCUCAUCGCGCCCAACAUCAUCUUCGGGCUCGCCAUCACCCAAAAGGACAGCCUCGAAGCGAUGCUAGGCAUCGGGGCGCGGUACUUCGAGUUCCGCCCGGCCCACCUCCACAAAUCCGUCAUCCCGACGGGCGCGCUCCCAGACCGCCUCUACUUCCAGCACAGCGCCAUCCCGGGAAUGGCGUACGACGCCUUCCUGCGCGGCGUGGUCUCCUUCCUGCGCACCCACCCGGCCGAGAUCGUCGUGGUGCAGCUGCGCUGGGACGGCGUGCCCGACGUGUGCGCGAAGCCGUCCCGCGACGAGAAGAAGCAGUACCUGGACGAGGCCCUGCGCCACGCCGACGGCGCCAUCGUCGCCGGUAACCUGGCCGAUAUGAAGCGCAUGACGAUUGGCCAGUUGCGCCACGAGAAGAAGCGGCUCAUUAUGCUAGAUAGUGUGGAUUCGCUGUCGACCUACACCGAUGAGGGGAAUGCCACGCUGGAUGGGGACAGUAUUCUGACCGCGCUGCCCAAGAUGCUGACGCCGGGCAAUCAGAAGGGCAAGGCGUUUACUAAUAUUCAGUGCCAGGCGACGGCAUCGAAUAUUACCAAGGCGGUGGUGUAUUCGAUUCUAGAGUCGAGCGUUACCACGAGUUGUCUGUUGGCUACCAAAGGGCUGUGCGACUCCAAGACGCUGCCGUGGUGCAGGGACAAUGUUCUGAAAACCUGCGAUGUCAACCAGCUUGUUGUCUUGAUGAACGAUUGGAUAGAUGGGGCCACUUCUGACAUUGCCGUUCAGUUGAGCAGGAAGCGGUUGGAGAAAUGA